CCAAGAAAAAACAUACUAACAUUAACAAGUGGCUCACCAAGACUGACGUUGGAUAUUUUUUCAGAAACCAGGGUCCACUUCCAACAUCAGUUAAACAGGAACGAACGACGUCCCUACUCAAGAAUCAGGAUGAUGAUUUUACUCUGGUGGAGAUAAAGCAAGAGGUGGAGAUGAGGUUUAGUCAUGGCCUUGUUCCAGUUUUUCUCUUCCUCUGUUUUUUGGUUUGGAGCUUCUCUGAGACUCUCCAUUGCCAGGUCCAAAAGCUCCUUCCUCUUGAAGUGGAUGCAAUGAAAAAGAUAGGAGUGAGGUUGGGAAAGCAGUGGGUCAUCGGGUUGGGUGGACAAGACCGGGAAAGCCAAUGUCACGUGUAGUGCGUGCAAGGCCAACUAUUGCCACGUAACCAGCAUUGUUCUUAUCGAUCAGAACCUCACCGGUUCCCUCCCCGAUGAGAUCUCUAAUCUCACUUUUUUGCAAGUCAUAGAUCUCAGUAUGAAUUAUCUUAAUGGCACUAUCCCUGCUGUGUGGGCUUCAACCCCUCUUACCGACAUUGAGCUUACGGGAAAUCGCAUUACUGGACGAAUUCCUGAUGAGCUUGGUAGAAUCACCACUCUUAAAUACCUAUAUUUGGAAAGUAACUUGAUUGAAGGCCCGCUUCCACAGUCGCUUGGGAAUCUCACAAACUUGGGGCAACUUGACCUUGGAGCAAAUGCCAUCACCGGUAGAUUGCCAGGAUCAUUGGGCAAUCUCAAAAACAUGAUUUACUUCGCAAUCGGUGGCAAUCCCAUCACUGGCAAAAUUCCUGAUUUCAUUGGAAAUUGGACACAACUAGUGGAAUUAGAGAUGCUAGGCACCUCCAUGGAAGGGCCUUUUCCUCCCAUCUUCUAUACAGUGGGAAACAUGAGAAUGCUGGAAGUUUCUGACCUAAAUGGAGGUGAUGGGAAGUUUCCAGCAUUGCAAAACAUGACAGGGAUGCUGUACUUGUAUUUGAGGAACAUGUCAAUAACCGAUGAACUUCCUUCUUAUAUUGAGAAUAUGACAAUGCUCCUCAUCUUGGUUGUGAAGCCGAAUAUGAAAUAAAGAAGCCAAAGUA